AACCCGCCCGGGCGCCGCCUUCCCGGCUUUCUCACGGCUCCUCGCCCCCGCCGCCAUCCUUUCGCAGGCGGGCAGCGACACUUGUUCCCGUCGCCUUCGCCGCGAAACGCGAGAUAAGCGCGUUAAGAGGAAAGGCAGCCCGGGCUGGAGCAACAGGGCCGCCGUCGCGCUCCGAAGGAACCCGCAGGCAGGCGCGUCCGGGCUUGCCUCCCGGAGUGGCCUCCCCACGCCCGAGUCGGGAUUCCAGCUCGGGCACCGGCGGCGCCUUCGCCUUCCUCCGCGCCUGGCUGCGUCGUCGGCAGAAACAAAAUGAUGGAAUUUUAGCUUCCAGAGUUGCUGACACUUCCAGCUGAGCUGAGGAAAAGAAAAGUGUUCAUGGGGUUGCCCAGGGAAGCUUGCGGGUGCCCUCUGCCUUUAUAAAACCUUGAUUGCAAAAUAAGCUCUCCAGAAUAUCCCAGAAUGUUGUUCUUCCUGCUGCCUCUCCUCUUCCAGCUCCAAGGCAUAUGUGGGAUCAGCAAAGAUGAAGAAGACUUCCGAUUUUGUGCUGACAGAAAUCAAACAAAGGAAGGCCACAUCCGUUAUGAAAUCCAGAGAGGCAACAUCAGCAUUGUAAACAGUGUAGAUGAACUGGUUCUCAGGGCCCCCUUCCCGCCAGAACAUCAGAGUGGCGGUUCUGCAGAAUCCAUAGUGUUGCCUCUGCCAGACGUAUUGGGGAGUUAUCGUUUCUGUCUUUACUGGUUUCAGAACUCCAGUCGUUUUGUGCUCACCUAUGGGAAGAAUGAUCACACCCUGAGUAGUCAGGCAAAUUAUUCCCUGUACUCUCCCAAUAUAAUUGGAACAUCCUUUGAAACAAGCCCUGAUGUGCUUUACAACGUCUCCUAUGCCUUUGAUAAGGGCUUUCACAACAAAUCCCUUCCAAGCACAUCUGAAUACAAUUUUAUCUUCACAGAUUCUGGAAAACGUGGUCUUCCAAGAAGGACACCUACCCAAGUAAGAGAUAUGGAAGAAGAAGUAAGGAGUGUGGAAGAAAAGCUGAAGCAACUGGAAGAUGCCAUGAGGAAAAGCAGGAACAGCAGGAGAGGCAGCCGUGGGAACCCGUUUGAGUUCCUCCAGCAUUUGGAGUUAAAGCUGAGAGAAGUGGAGUUCCAGGGAAGGAACAAGAGUUUUGGGAAGGGGGCACUGUUGCAUGCAAGUGUCUGGAAUUUGCCAUCCCAGAGUCAUCAAGUCAUACCUUUCGGACUUAAGCUGGAGGGGGACAAAGAGGUCCGUGGGUUUGAAGUGACGCUGCCAAAAGCAGUCUUUGCAAAAUCCAACCGUGGGCGCAAUGCUGGUGGGACGAGGGCAGUGCUGCUGGCUGUUUCAAGCCCCACCCUCUUCCAGGACCCAAAUUCUUCUGUUCAGAUCCUUGGUGGAAAGGUAAUUGGUAUCUCCGUGGGGAACACUUCAGUCCAUGGCCUGCGCCCGGAGGAGCGAGUGGCACUCACUUUCUGGCACAACCGUCUUCUGUCGAAUGCGACUCCUCAGUGUGUGUUCUGGGAUACAAACUCUGAGGCUGGCAAGUGGAAUUCGUCUGGCUGUGAAGUGGAACGAGGAGAGGACCAAAUCACUUGCCUUUGUGACCAUCUCACCUUCUUUGCUGUGCUGAUGGUGUCCUCCCCAGAUAUGGACCGCAGUCACCAGAUAUACCUGACCAUGAUCACUUACGUUGGUUGCAUCAUUUCGGCUCUGGCUUCAUUAGUUACCAUCUUCUUCCUUUGCGCGAGGAAGAAGCAGAGGGACCACAUUGUCUAUGUCCACAUGAAUCUCCUCUGGGCCAUCUUCCUCCUUGACAUGAGCUUCCUCAUCGCUGUGCCCCUGGCCCCCGCCGGCGGCAACAUAGCUUGCAAAGCUGGCGCCAUGUUCCUGCACUUCAGCGUGCUUGCCUGCCUGACCUGGAUGGGCAUUGAAGGCUACAGCCUCUACCAGCUCGUGAUCGAGGUCUUCCGUCCCUACGUCAAGUACUUCCUCUUCAAGCUUUGCCUGUUGGGCUGGGGCCUUCCCAUAUUCAUUGUUCUUCUGAUCUUCGUGAUUGAUCAGUCGCAUUACGGAGCCUCCCCCUUUAAAGUGUAUGAAUCUUCUGGGGGAUAUACCAAUGCAACCAUCUGCUGGAUCACAAAAAAGGAGAUCAACAACUUCCUGAAUCUGAGUUUUUUAAGCCUGGUGCUCUUCUUCAACACCAUCAUGCUGGCCGCUAUGGUGCGAGAGAUCCUCAAGCUGAGGCAUCGGGAAAACCACUGGGGCUAUGCUGUGAUGCUUCUGGGGCUCAGUUGUGUGCUGGGCAUCCCUUGGGGGAUGGUCUUCUUCGCAUUCACUUCUGGAACCUUCAAGCUGGUGGCAGUCUACCUCUUCACCAUCAUCAACUCCCUCCAAGGCUUCCUCAUCUUCCUUUGGUACUUAGCAAAAGUCUGGCAGUCCCGCAGAUCUUCCUCGCUGCAAUGCACCACUACUUAUUCCAAUUCCAACAGCAUAAGGCUACAGUCAAACAUAUGACCCAGCAGGGCUGUCUGCUCUCUGCAUGGAGCUCCUGCCUCGCUUCCUGUGGAACCUAGCGGAAAAUCCCUUCUUCUGUGCACGUGACAGGAGCUCUGCUGGGUCAGGCCAAAGGGGGCCCAUCUAGUCCAGCGUCCUGUUCCACAGUGGCCAACCAGGUGUCCCCAUGGGAAGCCCACAAGUAGGACCAGAGCAGAGCAGCACACGCCCCAUUUGUGAUCAGGGCUGUGGAGUCGUGGAGUCGGAAGCAAUUUGGGGUGGAGUCGGAGUUGGUAGAAAUGUACCGACUCCGGCUUCAAAAUAAAUUUUGAUUGACGAAGUUUUUUCAAAUAUAAAUUCACAAAGUCUGAGAAGCUUCCCAUGAAGUCAGCUGUAGUUGAGCAUUUCACCAUAACUCAAGAUGGAAAGCAUUUUGUGUGUCGGUGUAUGACACAGGACCCAGAUGAAGACAAAUGCUGUGAUGCCAAGAUCAGCGCAUAUUCAGGCAGUGAUAAAAAUGCUCCUAUGAGAGCUUCCAAUUUAAAAAGACAUUUACAGCGCUUUCCAGGGCUGUGGAGUUGGAAGCAAUUUUGGGUGGAGUCAGAGUCGGACAGUAGAAAAAGAGGAGUCGGAGUCGAAGGUUUGGUGUACCGACUCCACAGCCCUGUUUGUGAUUGCAAAUAAUUGGCAGGCAGAGGCAUACUGCUUCUGACAGCGGAGGGAGAGAAUAAGAGGAGACCGGCUGGAUCAGACCAAAGGCCCAUCUAGUCCAGCAUGCUGUUCCCUGCAGUGGCCAACCAGGUGCCCACAAGUGGGACACGAGCGCAAUCAGCACUCUCUCCUCUCCACUCAUACAAGGCCAGUUCCCUGUUGAAGAUAAGCAGGGUCAGGUCUGGUGAGUGCCUGGAUGGGAGACUGCCUGGCAACCAUAUGUAAGCUGCCUUGGGUUUCAGUCAUGAAAAGAAAGGUGGGGUAGAAAUGUAAUAAAUAAAUAAAAAAUAAAUAAAAUAUUCCCCAACAAAUGGCAUGGAGAUGCAUAUUGCUACCGAGACUGCAGGCAAUAUAUAUAUAUAUAUAUAUAUAUAUGUAUUAUUCCAUAUGAUGGGGGAUAGCAGGCUCCAGGCAGCUUCAUUCUGAAAUAAUGUUUGCAAUGGCCCUUUUUUCCAAUGUAAAUGCUUGUUGUUUUUUAAACUAUGACAUAAAAAGUUAAUAAAAA